CAGCAUACCAUCCUGCACUGGUGGCUUGCUUCUGAAGCUAAGCAGGGUUGGUCCUGGUCAGUCUUUCGGAUGGGACAUUAAAUGCGUGUCCUGACUCACUGAGGUCAUUAAAGAUCCCAUGGCACUUAUUGUAAGAGUAGGGGUGUUAACCCUGGUGUCCUGGCUAAAUUCCAAAUCUGGCUCUCAAACCAUCAUGGUCACCUAAUAAUCCCUAGUUUACAAUUGGCUCAUUCAUCCCCCUCCUUUCCCCUAUAACUAUUCCCCAGGUCGUUGCUGUAAAUGAGAACGUGUUCUCAGUCAAUUUACAUGGAUAAAUAAAAAAUAAAAAAAAUAAUCCUACGGUUCUGACAUGUUGUACAGGGAGUACACUGUAAGAACGGCUUAUGUUCUGAAUUCAGUCGCUGCACAUUUCAAAAAGGCUGAACAAAUAGUUAUAUUGACUACGUCUGUCGUUGCUCGCUCAUUAAUGUCUUAAUCGAAAUUACGGAUUGCCUCUUAUCCACUUGUCCUACCCUUAUGCCAUAGUUUGUACAUCUCAAUUGUCAGUAGAAAUCACAUUUGUUUAUUAAGCAAAUCAGCCAUAUCAGCUAUGUUUUUUUUAAAGGCAGUAAAUGAGUCUGAAUUAACUGUUUCGCUGCCAGACAAGGCUGCGCUGAAAGCCAGGUGUAGCAGUGCUAAGGUGUCGGGACUGCUGUUGGGACAGCUUUAUGUAGGCCCUAACAGUUUGUGGGCACUGUUUGUCACCGCUAUAGUGCAAUUGAUGUAUUGUUUAGUGUUGAGUUGUGUAGUGGCUUUGCUGGCAUGCAUCUCCCAUAAAAUGUGUUUGCCCCAUCAAGAUUUGCAUGCUAAAAUCGCCACAGAAAUAGAGGUGAAUUACUUUUGUACUAUUACGUGGUUACUUUUAUUUUGAAAUUUCCCAAAACAGUGACCCGGAAAUACUUUUCUAGUGUUGCUGACGAGACACUAAUUACUUUCUGAAUGUACGGUUGUUGUUUCCAUUUCCACAUUUAUUUUAUUGCAUGUUGAUAUACAGUUGUAUGCUGUUAAUUAUCCAUACAUACUUUUGAUAACAAGUUUUCCAUCAUGGACAAACGAGUCAAAGCGACUGCCAGUACGGGCCCCCCUCUUCCUCUCUCCUCUUUACGACUCAUGGUUUCUCCCCUGCGGCUGAUGUAUUCAUUUGUAUGGCAUGUGGUGAAUCAAAGAAAUGUGAUGCACUAUGGGAAGGUCGAGGAAUUUGUAACUGUGGUGACUGAAGCUGUUCCAAAGUUGCUGAGUUACAAACAGAGGGCUCAACUCAUCCUGGGCCUGAGAGCAAGGAUGAUCUUGGAGAUGUUCCGCAAGGAUUGUCCACCUAACCCUCAGGCCAUCCAAUGUCUCCUGGGAAAGAUGAACAUCAGUGCAUCCGCAGGGCAGCAAGAUAUGGAAGUGGAGGAGUCGCAGGCUAACUUUGUGGCGCUGGUCCAAACCCUUCUGACAAACCCUUAUGAGAGGAAGCACUUCUUCCAGGUGGAGUUCCAUACACAGUAUGGCUCCAAGUACGACACAGCACUGCAGGCCCUUGUGGGAGGCUUGGUCUUCAGACUGGAACAACUGCUAUCUGUGCCAGAUCUCUCCCAGAUAGCGUCCAUUAUCAGUGCUGACCCCUCUGACCUGGAGGAGUGUGGACAGUCUGUGUCUGACCCUGAGCAUCUGAAGAUCCUCCUCCAGCACCAGAACCUGCUAAAUAAAGCCCAGUUAAACAGAAAUGGUCCCCCACUUCCUCUCUCCUCUUUGCGAUUAUUGGUUUCUCCUCUGCGGCUGAUGUAUUCCUUUGUAUGGCAUGUGGUGAAUCAACGAAAUGUGAUGCAGUAUGGGAAGGUCGAGGAAUUUGUAACUGUGGUGACUGAAGCUGUUCCGAAGUUGCUGAGUUGCAAACAGAGGGCUCAACUCAUCCUGGGCCUGAGAGCAAGGAUGAUCUUGGAGUUGUUCCGCAAGGACCCACCCAACCUUCAGGACAUCCAACGUCUCCUGGAAAAGAUGAACAUCUUGGGGCAGCAAGAUGCAGAAGUGGAGGAGUCGCAGGCUAACUUUGUUGCGCUGGUCCAAACCCUGCUGAAAAACCCUUAUGAGAGGAAGCACUUCUUCCAGGAGGAGUUCCAUACACAGUAUGGCUCCAAGUACGACACAGCACUGCAGGCCCUUGUGGGAGGCUUGGUCCUCAGACUGGAACGGCUGCUAUCUGUGCCAGAUCUCUCCCAGAUAGCGUCCAUUAUCAGUGCUGCCCCCUCUGACCUGGAGGAGUGUGGACAGUCUGUGUCUGACCCUGAGCACCUGAAGAUCCUCCUCCAGCACCAGAACCUGCUAAAUAAGAUUCAGUUGGUACCUGUCACAUCCUCUGUUGGGGACUGUGUGCUGUCCUCGCUGUCUUUCCGCUUAACCUGUGGAAUGCAGUCCAUGCAGACAGAUUUUUACGAACCAGCGGAAUCAUUAGAAGCCGCUCUAAGCAUCAUGAGCCCUGCCUCCUUCAGUGACUUGGAGGAUCUGGGAAUGAUGCCAGUUGAAUCGGACCACGCUGGAACAGUAACUACUGUGGAGAGAGAAGAGCAGAAUGCCAAGGAUAACGGAGGUCGGGUGAAAAAUUCAGUAGUCGACAGUGAAGAAGACAAUGCACUGUCAAAGAACGACAUAGUCUCACCUACUCCUCAAAGAGUAAGCAGGCCAGUGGGAGGGGCACCAACAGUAGAGAGCAUGCUGCCAACAGAGAGAGACAAAGAGCUUGCAACACUGAUGAAUACUUUCAUCACCGAAGCCUCUCCUUCACAUAUUGUCAUCCCUGCCACAGUCACCAAUGGGAACCAGCCAGAUAACCAGCCGAUCGAGCUGGCGAGUGUCCACCAGUGGGUCUCCCACGUUGCAAGUAACUCGAUAUCGCUCCCUUCCUUGCCACCCCUUCCACAAAACAAUGAUGUAGACCAGGAGAUCCGGUCAGGUGACACGUGUCUUGGAAGCAGUGUGGAAAUUGGGGGUCAGGAAACAGAAGCCAAUCUCUUUGAGAAGGCUGUUAUCCGAAGGAGACUGCCCAAGCCACAAAGAAUAACGGUACCCUCGAAGAGGAAAAUCCCAGAGGCAACCAUCAUUUGCCAGGAGUGUGGGAAGAGUUUUGUCUAUCCGUCUCAGCUGGAAAAUCACCUCCGCAUUCACACAGGAGAGAAACCUUUCAAGUGCACUGAGUGUGGCAGGGCCUUCAGGUCCUUAGGAGGCAUGACCACUCAUAUGAAAAAUCACUCUGAAGCGCGGCCAUUUAAGUGUGAAAAGUGUGACAAGGGCUUUCGGAAAAAGGCUGACCUGAAGAAUCAUCAGCUCAUCCACACGGGUGCGAAACCACAUAAAUGCACCAUCUGCGGAAAGGGCUUCAGCCAAGCAUUCUAUUGCAGAAUACACAUCCAGUCUCAUGCAAGUGAAAAUAACUUUCCCUGCACUCAUUGUCCGAAGAGAUUCCCAACCCAAUACAAGCUGUCUGUCCACGAGCGCUGGCACACCAUGGAGCGCCCGUUCAUCUGUGAGCAGUGUGGGAUGCGCUUCUUUCAUCCCAGUGGGCUGAAGAGGCACAUGGGCUAUCACAUUGGGAACCGCCCGUUCCUGUGUGCCCAGUGUGGAAAGACUUUUGUUUAUGAGUUUGACCUGAAGAAACACCAAAGGGACCAUGGCCCCAAGCCCAAGAUCCCAUGCCCUGUCUGCCAGAAGGUGUUUGGCAGCAACGGCCUCAUCAAGGCCCACAUGUUUACGCACACCUCCGUAAAACCUUACAGAUGUGACAUAUGUGACAAGACCUUUAAACAGAGCAGCAGCUUGAGCAGUCACAAACGGCUGCACACGGGCGAACGCCCUUACCACUGCGACAUGUGUGGGAAGACGUACAAGCUGAAUCAGCACCUGAAGGAGCACAUAAUUGUCCACCACACGGCGGAGGGGCACCCCUGUGACCAGUGUGGAAAGGUCUUCAAGUUACUACGUCUUCUGAAGGCGCAUGAGCGGUUGCACUCAGGAGAGCGAUCUGAACAGACAAGGAAAUACAGUCACACCAGCCGUCGCAGGAGAAAUUCGUCCAAAAUGAGUUGAUUUACUGCACAGUGGCUGCCUUCCAUAGACACUGACUGGAAUGCUAGUUUUAUUAUCCUGACAAAUUGCCAUUAGCUGAAAUAAUAUUUCUAUUUUUUUGUGGUAGACUUUGGAUUUUGGCCCAUAAUCCAGGAUUCCCUUAAUAGACUGAACAUUGAAAAAUAGUAUAAUGUCUGGCUUAGUUAAUGCAGUGACAAACGUAUCUCCUGUUAGAUAACAAUUAAUGAUUGUGUCAUUAAAACAUAUUUGUUUGUGAUGCUUUUCGGAUAGGUUAUUGAAAUUCCAAUGACAUAAGAUGUAAAUUGACAGCUACUUACAUAUCUCUUUUUGAGAGUAGUCAAUGAUUGCAGGGAGCCUUUACAAAAAAUAUGCACAACAUUUGGUGUUGGAUAAAGGCAAAUAAAGUCAACAUUGUGUGCCACAA